AGCUAGGGUUUCGUGUCUGGUCGAGUGGCAGCGAUAGAGAGCUUUUGCGUGCUCACCAAAGUCGUCAACAAUGGGUCGUAUGCACAGCAGAGGAAAAGGUAUUUCGGCGUCAGCAUUGCCGUACAAGAGGACUCCACCGAGUUGGCUCAAGAUUUCUUCUCAAGAUGUUGAGGAAAACAUCUGCAAGUUUGCGAAGAAGGGUUUGACUCCGUCUCAAAUCGGUGUAAUUCUUCGUGAUUCGCAUGGUAUUGCUCAGGUCAGGAGCGUUACUGGCAGCAAGAUCUUGCGCAUUCUUAAAGCUCAUGGGCUUGCUCCGGAGAUUCCUGAGGAUCUUUACCAUUUGAUUAAGAAGGCCGUCUCGAUCAGAAAGCAUUUGGAAAGGAACAGGAAGGACAAGGACUCGAAGUUUAGGUUGAUUCUUGUCGAGAGCAGGAUUCAUCGGCUAGCCCGCUACUACAAGAAGACCAAGAAGCUCCCACCUGUAUGGAAAUACGAGUCAACUACUGCUAGCACACUUGUCGCCUAAUUCUGUCCACUGCCGCACGAAUAGGCAAUUAGAUGUUUUCAGCUACUCCAUUCGUUAUAAGGUACUUCCAUUAUGUGGUUGUUCUAGAUUAGACAUGGAAUUGUUCCAAGUUUAUCACAGAAACAUAAUGCUCAAUUUGAGUGUUUCUCGUAAUGAUUUUGUAGUUUUUCUUAUUUUAGUUAUGUAAUUGAUAUUCUUCUGCACUGGAGGGUGGAAAUUCAGUUUCUGAAUAAUUUUGAUCCAUGUUUCCCA